AUGUCUGAUGGGAUGUGUCUUCCCAGUGGAAUACUUGUUCCACCACUGACAAUUUUGGUACAAAAUAUAUCUGAUAUGGAACAAUGUCCAGCAGAGUCGAGCAAGGCAAUCAGAAAGCAGAGUAAGAUCUUAUUUUUGUUUGAAAAAUUAUAUAUAUGUAUAAAUGUGCAUGUGUGUGUGGAGAGAGAGAAGGAAAGAGGGAGAGAGAGGGGGGCAAUUAUAGAGAAGUUGUCAGGGUGGCCUACUCCUGCCAGUCUCCCCACUUUUCCACCCCCUCACAGUGCCUCCUGGGAUCACCCUCUGAAUGAAUUACUUGCUCCCAAGUCCUUGUUUCAGGCUCUGCUUUGGGGAGAAUUCAAACUAAGACACCAGUUUCCCACUUUUUCCAUGUCCUCUGUCCAGGCUGCUGCUAAGUCUGGGGGAAAUCUCUUCUAG